AUAUGUUACAAUUCAAAAUUAUUUAUUCAGAAAUUAAGUCUUUUGGAUUUUUUUUGAUAAACUGACAGGUCUUAAGAAGGUUUAUUUCAUUUUUUCAAAAGCUCCGUCCCGAAUUCGUUUCCACUCCAUACUUUUCCCACAAUUAUUGCAUUCAUAACAAAGCGGCGAGAUAAAUUCGUUAUAAGAUGGGCGAUAGUGAUGAUGAGUACGAUAGACGUAAGGGAAGAGAUAAGUUCAGGCGCGAAAGAAACGACUAUGAAAGAAGAGAUGACAGGAGGAGGGAUCCAAGGGCUUGGGAACAUGAUAGAUCGAAUCGAUCCAGCUGGGGUGGCAGUAGAGAUAGAAGAGAUCCAUACAGAGAAUAUGACACACAUAGACGAGACAGGGCAUACAGUCCACCCCGAAGAGACAUGAGUCCCCCACAUGCUAAAAGAAUGAGGAGAGAUACAUGGGAUGAAGGAAAUGCUUACCCUGGAUACAGCUAUAAUGGUCCUCCUAGUGGGGGGGCCAGUGGUAAUGGACCACCUUUACCAGACCCAGAUGGACAUCCGGGUCAAAAUAGAGAAGAAAUGCUGACACAACCAGCUAUGAUGACAUUUAAAGCUUUCCUACAGUCAUUGCCUGACAAUAUCAGUGACCAAGAUGCUAUUAAAAAGUUUAAUGAGUAUAAAGCAGACUUCAAGAAACAGCAGAUAAAUGAGUUUUUCCUUGCCCACAAAGAGGAAGAGUGGUUCAAGACAAAGUACCACCCUGAGGAGUGUGCCAAGAGGAAGGAGGAAGUUAGAAAAGCAUUACGUAAGAGGUGUGAGGUAUUUAUGGAAUUCUUGGAAUCUGGACGUGUGGCCACUGUGGCAUGUGACAUUGAAAGAAAUGAAGAGCUCGUAAAACUGUUAGAUGCAGUUGUCAUCAAAUUAGAAGGAGGUUCAGAUUUUGAUCUUUCUGUAUUAGACCAGCCAGAACCAGAAGAACAGGGAAGCAGGAGCAGAAAUAACUCAGAAUCUGUAUCCUUAGAUCAAAGUCCUGACGAGAAAAAGAAAAGAAAGAGAGAAGAAGCAGAGAAAAAACCUGAUGAACCUUUGAAGUUACCAAUAACAGCUGAACAGAAAGAACUGAUGAAGAAAGCUCAAGAAUUCUCUAAGCAACAGCAGGCAAAAAAUGGUAGUCAGGAUGGUAAAAAAGCGAAGAAAAAGAAACGCAAUCGUGACAAAACAGAGUAUAGCUAUGAAAGUGGUUCUGAUUCAGAAAGUGAGUCAUGUUCCGAUACAGAUUCUGAGCCAGCCCCACCUGGAAUGGAAGAUGAACCACCACCCCCAGGGACAGAAAUAUCAGAAGAUUCUAAUAAUAUUCCUGGAGUAACUUCUACAGAUGAUGUCACAGCCAAGCCAAAAGAAGAGGGUAAAUCUUCAGAUGAGAAAGAGGUUGAUACAACACAGAAAGACGAGGAUACAAAUCCUAAACCUAAAGCUCUACAUAAAACUUGUUCAAUAUUUCUACGGAAUCUAGCGCCAUCUAUUACUAAACAGGAAGUUGAGGCAAUGUGUAAGAGAUAUCCAGGAUUUGUUAGGGUGGCCCUACAAGACCCUCAGCCAGAGAGGCGAUUCUUCAGACGAGGAUGGGUGACAUUUGAACGAGAUGUUAAUAUUAAAGAGAUCUGCUGGAAUUUGAAUAACAUUAGGUUGAGAGAUUGUGAAUUAGGAGCCACAUUGAACAGAGAACUUAAACAAAGAGUACGUCCAGUAAACGGCAUCACUGCUCACAAACAGAUUGUCCAAUCGGAUAUCAAGUUAGCAGCUAAAAUCAUGCAGAACCUGGACACCAAAUGGAGGAUGUGGGAGGAAGACCCAGAAGAGAAGAAAGACGAUACCAAGGAGGUACCAUGUGACAUGGUUCAAAUAAGGAACCCGAUACUGAAGAAUGUUACCGACUUCCUCAUUGAUGAAGGGGACUUUGAAGAAGAGGAACUUUUAGGUCAGUCCAAGAAUGAAGGAGAGGGCGACACUAAAACAGAUGAGAUUAAAAUGGAAAGAGAUGAAGCCAUGUGCAAGGCUUUGGACAGCAUGGUACUGUACCUGAGGAUCGUCCACUCUAUUGACUUUUACAGUUGUAAUGAGUAUCCCAACGAGGAUGAGAUGCCACACAGAUGUGGCAUAAUGCACGCACGAUGUGUACCACCCACCACUAAAAUCACACAGAAUGACAUAAAUGAAUGGAUUAAGAAUUUUGAGACCAAAAUAAAGGCUCUAUCAGAACAUGACAGCCUACCAGAUGAUGAGGUUGUUAAACUUGGCAAAAAGGACCCCGAGGCAGAAGUAGAAAAGUUUGUGACAGCAAAUACACAGGAGUUGGCCAAGGACAAAUGGUUGUGUCCGAUGAGUGGUAAAAAGUUCAAAGGACCAGAAUUUGUACGGAAACAUAUCCAAAAUAAACACGGGGAAAAGGUUGAGGAGGUCAAAAUGGAGGUGUCAUUUUUCAACAAGUACCUGAUGGAUCCAAAGAGACCAGCAUUGCCUGAACAUCCUGGUAACAAACAGAGUUCUAAUAACAGAAACAGUACAGGUGGGGACCAGUUCACCAGUCCUAGCGGGUACCAGGGAGGAGGCAUGCCACCAAUGGGAUACUCUGGUGGCGGCAACGAUGGAUGGAGAUACAGAGGUGGAGGAGGAAGUGGUGGACCACCAUCUUACCAGUCACCAUCGUAUCGUAAUCGUGAACCAUAUCGAGGUCCCUACAGGGGAUCUGGUGGAGGAGGAGGAGGCUACAAUAGGGGAUACAGAUCUAACAGACAUCGACAUAAUCAAUCUGACCCCAGAAGAGUAAUUGAAUACAGGGACUUGGAUGCUCCAGAUGAUUCAGAUAUUUUCUAGCCAGUAAUGGGGAGAUAAUUGGUCAGUGAAGGGGAGAUAACUCACAUAAUUAUGGCAGAUAAAAUUAAAAGAGUAGUAAAUUGAUUACCAGCAUUGAAGAAGUGCAGAACAAACUGUAGUUUAAAAUGAAGUUCUUUUAGAAGGAACAUUGGAUCAAAUGGAUUUUGUUGUUAAAUUUUUAUCAAAUUUUUAAGGAUCUUUUUACUACAUGUAGAUAGAUCAUGUGUUUUCAUGUCCUUAGCUUUAGUGAAGCAAUAAAAUCAUAAAAACACUUCA